UUCAGGGGACGACGGUGGAAGCGGCGGCGCUGCUUUGCGUCCGGAGUUGGUCGCUAGAUGGCAGAAUAAAUCCAGUUUUCACGGGGAUUAACGGGCUCGUGCGUCGUGCUGCAGCCUGCCAUUAUUUAGUAAUAUAACAAGUACGAACCAUGAGAUGGCAUUCAAAGGCAAAGCGGUCGACUCGAAGCAGGUUUUGCAGCAGAUAGAGCGGCUGUCCGCCUCCCGCUGCAGCCUGUUAGCAUGUAGGACCGCAUCGCUUCAGACCGUGCUGUCCAAUCUGCUGCUAUGUCUGGUGAUGUUUUACUCUCUUUUCUACAUGAUUGGGAGCGUGUGCUUCGGUGCCUUCAGGUUGGAUCACUUUGAUGGAUUGAUUCCAUUCGACUUUAAGACCGAACCUGCUGAAUCCAACUCUAAAUACUUAGUGAACGUCCUGUCCUUGGAGCUCACCUACUUUUGCAGUGGCAUUUGUUUUGCUGCAGUGGUGAGGAGGAGGGUGUGGGACUACGCCCUCACGGUCACACUUCUUCAUGUAAUGAUCACCAGUCUAGUUAUGUUGGAGUUUCCCACGGUGUGGCAAUGGUGGCUAGCUUUAGGUAGCGGCUUGUUUCUGAUGAUAUGUAACGGUCAGCUGAUAGCUUACUUCACUUGCCAGAGUGACCAGAGCUACGCCUCCUUCAGCCUUUACUGACACGCAGGAAGCCACUGCUAUGAACUGUAUGAACUGCUUCUUAAAUAGUCUCGUGAAGUGCUGUAAAAGGAUCAGACCAGAUGCUCUCAUCCUGGAGACACUCAUUAGGUUCUCAACAGUGAUUGGCUUUUUGUGUUUGUCACUAAAAGUCAGAAUUGGGUCCAAUUUGUGUUCAAGUGUUUGAACCCACUGGCAUCCUGAGGUUUUAUGUAAUACCAAUACUCUCUGCAUAUUGUUUGUGCACAAUGCCUCCGUUACUGUGCAUGAUUUUAAGGCAGCCUGUGAAGUAUUUUCAAAAUUUGGAAUGGGAAAGUUGCAAUACAUGUUUGUAUUAUAUUUUUAAAAAUGAAUAUGUCAAGUGUUAAAAAAUAAAGCUGCUUCAGAUUGA